GAAGGAACGAAAGCCAGUCUGAAGGGAUCGAGACGCAGCGCGAUGUUAUGAGCACAUCGCCACGUGAUGGCCGCACAAAUCCAGCACACCCACAUCGAUUCCACUGCCUUCGUCUCAUACAGCACCGCUCACUUGGUUGGAGGAAGCCUGAGCGUAUGCGUAGCCUGGAACUCAAGCCAUGACGGAGGUCGAACGGUCGUUGAUAGAUGCAGAGACCAAGAUCAAAGUGAGCACGACCCUCGACAAGUCAGUCGGCAAGAAGCAUCUCACCGACGGUGACCCGGGUACAUGCUGGACAUCUCAGCAAGGUAUACCGCAAUACAUCCAGCUACAAUUUCCUGCACCGGUAGUACCAAGCCAUCUUUCCAUGACGUUCCAAGGGGGUUUCGUGGGCACCAAGUGCAGGCUUGAGGUGCUAACUCAGAGAGCACCUCAUAAGGGCGAGUGGCAGCUGUUCGCCCACGUCUUUCCCGAGGACGUGAACCGGAAGCAGACCUUUGGACUUGACUCGUCGGAAGUAGAGUCGACAGGCCUCGUGGGGCUCAAGCUGGUUUUCGAAGAGAGUUCAGAUUUCUUCGGUAGAAUAACGGUCUACGACUUGCAAUUGUCCGGUAUUGUGCUGUAGGGUCGAGACAGGAAGCGCGUGCCAGGAUUGUGCCAGGACUCGGAGUCUCACGGCACCUUUGUUAUGGCCAUCAUCAUGCCGCACUCGAACCGGGUGCCCAUACCUGUUCAUUAUGGGAGAUAUAUAGGGGAUACAGGAUUGUCAGAAUGUUCAACAACGCGAAAGUUCAAGCCAGA